AUGUCGAUUUUUAAAAGAAAAUCAGCAUCUAAUGUUUUCGUUAGGGAUUUACGUCCUGGCUCUGAUAACUUUGUUAUCAAAGUUAAUAUCCUCAAUGUUUGGGAUGGAUUCAAAGGCAGAGGGGGGUGUUCACUUGAGAUGGUCUUGGUUGAUCAAGAGGGUGAUAGGAUACAAGCAACUGUUGAAAGAUUUUUCGCUAAAUCUUUUCGUAAAGAUUUGGUCAAGGGGAGAUCGGUGCUUAUCAAUACUUUUAAGGUUGUUGAGUAUAAUUCUGAGUAUCGAACUACACGAACACCUUUCAAGAUAGUGUUCUAUGCAACUACGACUGUCUCUGGAUGCUUGGAUUUUCCUCAAGAGGUUCCCGAGAAAUAUAUGAAAAGUUUUCCAGAUAUUUUAUCAACUGAUUUGGACAAUGGCUAUUUGAUCGACGUGGUCGGACAAAUCGUAAGAGUUGGUCAUGUUGAGGACGUCAUGGCUCAAGGAAAACGUCGUUCUAGACUUAAGAUUUAUCUUAGAGAUGAGAGCGAUCUACAAUUACCGUGUACUCUUUGGGCUGAUUACGCAAAAGAAGUUGCUGAUUACGUUAAACGUAAUUGUGCAUCCGUCGUUGUGGUUAUUAUAAGGCUUGCAUGUAUCGAAAACUAUCGAGGUGAGAUGAGCGUCUCAAAUGCUUUUAAUACAACUCAGGUUUUGUUUGAUCCAGUGUGUCCUCUGGUGGCGAAAUUCCGAUCUGAGUUGCCUCAAGAUAAGUAUAUUCUCAUUCCUAACGAAGAUGAUUGGGGUGUAGAUUCUAAAGAUUCAUUAAACGAUGAAUUUUUGGGAACUAAUAUUAGGCGAAAGUUAAGUUCUAUACAUUCGAUCGAUACGGUUGGUAAGUAUGUGACAUUGGCGACCAUACGCUCGGUUACCAAUAGUAAUUCGUGGUAUUACAUAGCAUGCAAGAAGUGUGAAAAAAAGGUUCAUCCUAUCCCCGAGAGAGACCAUGCUCCUUCGCCGCCGUCUUGGAGAUGCAUUAAUUGCAAUAGUAAUGUUUCUGAGUCUGAAGUUAUUGCUAGUUUCUUUCUGUUGUUGAAGGUGGACGAUGGUUUUGGAGGGACGGCAGUCUUUGUCAUGUUCGACAAAAUUGCUCAAAAAUUGUUUAAGAAGACUGCCGAGGAAGUUUUCGAAGAAUCUGUUGGGGAUAAUUCGUCUGGACUGCCUCAAUCUCUGCGUGAUCUAACAAGAAAAGAGUUCCUUUUUAAGGUUGUUAUAACAGAAGAUAAUGUCAAAAAGGUUAAGACUUUGUUUUCGGUUGACCGGAUUACAUCUGAUGACUAUAUGAUUCAGACGUUCUGUAGUCAGCCUCCGCUUUUGGAAACCUUUGUUGGUGAAGAUAGAGGAGCACAUAUCGAGAAAACUCUGCCUGCCUGUUCUAAAAGUGAUUGUGAUGAUCCUCAUGUCAGUGUUAAUGUAAAUGCAGAAGCUUCUAUCGAGAAGAUUGUACCUGCAUCUUCUAAAAGUGACUGUGAUGCUCCUGAUGACAUUGCUAAACUAAAUACAGAUGUUUCUAUGGAGAAGACAGCUUCUGUGAGUUCUAAAAGAGAUCGUGAGGAUCCUGACGUCAUUGCUACUCCUGUCAAAACAUCUGGAUCUAGAAGGAAGAAGAAUUCUAAGUCAUAG